CAAAUUUAAGGAAUGAGGCGUGAUCAUCUCUAAUACUAGCAAUUCAUCAACAAUCCCCACUAUAAGACGGAAAAAGCCUUAGUCCAAUACAAACAAAAAGCUAAAGUUGAAAGAAAAAAAAGAAGCAUGUCCAUUUCCAUGGAUUGUGAUGAAUCCCCUUCUCUUCACAUCGUGUUGCUCCCAUUAAUGGCUCAGGGUCACAUAAUCCCAAUGCUCGACAUGGCCAAACUCUUAUCCAAACGCGGUGUCCGAAUCUCCAUCAUCCUCACACCCCUCACCGCCUCCCGCUUCCACCGCGCCGCCUCAAACUCAAACAUCCGCCUCCUCACAGUCCGUUUCCCCUGCGAGGAGGCUGGCCUCCCCCCCGGCUGCGAGAGCGCCGAGCUCCUCCCCUCCUUCACCCUCCUCCCCAACUUCUUGAACGCCAUCGACCUCCUCCAAAAACCCAUCGAAUCCCUCCUCCACCGCCUCUCCCCUCCUCCCUCCUCCCUCAUCUGCGACAAGCACAUCCUCUGGACCCUCCAAACCACCACCACCUUCAACAUCCCUCGGAUCCUCUUCGACGGCAUGAGCUGCUUCACUCAAGUCGUCACUCACCACAUCUACGCCUCCAAAAUCCACCAAACCCUCCCUCCAACACACCUCUUCACCGUCCCUAAUCUCCCUAACAACAACAUCCAGUUCUCCCAAUCCCAGCUCCCGGGAUUGUUCAAUCCUGGGCCCACCGACGUCAAGGGCUACCGCGAACGCCUCAAGGAAACCGAGGCUCUAUCCUACGGCCUCGUCGUCAACACUUUCCAAGAACUCGAAAACGGAUACGUGGAUGAGUUCCGCAAGCUCGGAAGAGGAAAGAUUUGGUGUAUCGGACCCUUAUCCUUAACCUUAUCCUUAUCCUUAUCCGAUGAUGAUGCUAAUACCAUAUCUGAUCAUGACUGCUUGAAAUGGCUGGAUGACAAGAAGCCCGGGACCGUCGUGUACGCCUGCCUCGGGAGCCUGAGCCGCCUCUCGCGAGCUCAGUUCACUGAGCUCGCGCUAGGGUUGGAGGAAACCGGGCGUGAUUUUAUGUUGGUGGUGAAAUUUGAUGCGGAGAUCGAGAGAUGGAUUGAUGAGGAUGGGAUCGAGGCGAGGGUUGAGGGGAGAGCGUUCUUACUCCGGGGAUGGGCGCCUCAGGUGGCUAUCCUGAGGCACCCGGCCGUGGGGGGGUUUCUGACGCACUGUGGAUGGAACUCGACUCUGGAGGGGAUAUCGGCGGGGGUGCCAAUGGUGACGUGGCCUUUGUUUGCGGAGCAGUUUUUGAAUGAGAAGGUGGUGGUGGAGGUGCAUGAGAUUGGGGUGAGGGUGGGGGCGAGGGGGGUGGUGCAUUUGGGGGUGGAGGAGAGGGAUGAGGAUAGAGUAGGGAGGGAUGGGAUUAGGGAGGCGGUUGAGAGGGUGAUGGAUGAGGGAGAGGAAGGGUGUGAGAGGAGGAAGAGAGCCAAGGAGCUGGGAGAAAUGGCGAGGAGGUCUGUCAAGGAAGGUGGAUCUUCUUAUCAAAAUAUUACAUGCCUAAUUCAGGACAUUGCAAAUUCCAUGAUGGGGCACAGUUCUACAAAUUAGGCAAGCUUCGAUAUGUAUUCAAAAUAAUUGAAUUAGUUUGAAAUGGAAUAGUUUAGAUUGUGUAA